AUGUCCGACUCCCCCCAAUCCAAUACGAAGGAGGUCGAACAAGGUGCACCGUCACCCGAAGACGACGCACAAAUGAACGACCCCCAGGACCCACACUCGACCGCGCUCGCCUAUGAGUUCGAGGUAAAAGAACAGGACCGGUGGUUGCCCAUAGCCAAUGUUGCCCGUAUCAUGAAGAACGCGUUGCCCGAUAACGCCAAGAUUGCAAAAGAAGCAAAAGAAUGCAUGCAAGAAUGCGUUAGCGAGUUCAUUUCCUUCAUUACAAGCGAAGCCUCUGAGAAGUGCCAUCAAGAGAAGAGGAAAACUGUCAAUGGCGAGGAUAUACUCUUUGCCAUGACUUCUCUCGGAUUCGAGAAUUACUCCGAGGCACUGAAAAUCUAUCUCGCCAAAUAUCGUGAGCAGCAGUCCCAGUCGAACAGGGGCGAGAACCAACAGAACCGACCCAACAGCCAAGGAUACGGUGCGGCCGGCGGUUCGAACCCAGGGCCCAGCGCCUUCCCCGGUGGCGACCUCGGCGGCCAACCAGAAGGCGGAGAAGGCUACAACAUGUACAGCGCUCAACCAGGCCACAACGGCGCAGGUGGCGAGUAUUAA